CAAAGCUAAUAUAUAAUUCAAAGGAAUAUUCAUUCCAAGUUACGAAGACUUACACCAGAAGGUUCAUUACUGCGUCAUAGACACCAACAGCUCCAUCACUAUAAUCAUAGGAAAAGUUUCCCAAGUUUUAGAAGAACUAAAACUACUUUGAGGAAGGAUUUCGAGCUAAAGAUGCUUUGGAAAUUAGGAUUUUUGGCUUUAAUCACCGGGGCAAUCUUUUCUGUAGUCCUGUCGGCGAACAUAGUAGUUGUUCGACGGCUAAAUCCGGAUACCAACCAUACUCAUUUUGCAGAUUUGUUUAGCAAUCCUCGACAAUGCUCGUCUACUUGUUCCAAGGAUAGAUCAACAUGUGCUGGUAGAAAUGGUGGAAGAUGUUGCCAAAUGUGCCAAUGUCUUUACGAUUUUCCCAAUGUCCUCAUUGUGGACGGGACAAGUGUUAGGUGUACGAACUAUUCAGAAGCAAAUCGCAUUUCAUCUGCAAAUUGUCAAUACAGCUUCGGAACACCUAACAAUCCCCUAGAAGUAAUACCACUUACAGAAACUGCAACGGGAAAAAUUGAAUUCAAAAACGACUUGCCUCAUGUUGAUUGUGCURAAAAUGGCCUGUCAGUCGAUGAAUGGCAGUCCCUGGAUGUGAAUGGACACUGGGAAAAUGGCGUWGGAAAUGUCUUUGAUGUUGUUUUUAAGACUGUUGAUGGAAAAGACGGGAACAAGAAGAACUUGACGUUUUUAAAGUGGAAUGCAAAGCUAGACGCCAAGUACGCAGGAUCGCUCAUCAAACUCUCACUGAGUUGUGCAGGCAGAAAUGUAGGAUGUAUUCUGGCCAAGAUCAAUGGCACAAAAACAUACAAUAUAUUACACAGCACAACGAGUGCACCACCUUCAACGAGGUCACAACAUCCUUCAACAAGUACUCCAUCAACUCCAAUUUCACAGGAAACCACUGCGUCGCCUUCGCCAUCAACAUCAGGAGAGCCCGAGACAAGUGGAGCCUCGACUCCUGAAUCUACUCCAGGACCGACUCCGGGAUCUACAACGGUCAGACCAGGUGUUUCAGGCGUUCCUGGGACGGGUUUUAGUAGCACUGGUAAAGAAAUUGGUACUACUCAAUCAACAGUGAAACAACAGGUAUAAAGGUUAAAAAAGACGUAGAAUUUGUACGGAAACACAGACUGUUAUCUUGCCUUUGCAWGGAUGGGUGAAUGAAUGAGGCUGAGGGAGAGGAUGGGAGAAGAGAAAAUAGGAAAUAGGGAGGGAGGAAUAGCUUAAUGSAUAGAUGGAAUGAUAAAUAUUGGAAGGAUGGAAUAAGGCAAUUUGUAUACGAAUUAUGAUGACAUUUGCAGRCAKUAAAURAAGGACCGGCUGCAUAUGGCUUUUGGUCUAAGGUCGUCUGGCCUGCAGUGGGUAUUAUUGGAGGACUAAUUUGCUUGAUCUGUUUGGUGUGUCUUAUAAUUGUGGCGCUGUAUAUAAGACGAAAGAGAAGGUUAUCAAAAAAAACAGCUAAAGAUCCAGAAACUAACUCCGAAGCGAAAUUGGAGGAUUAUCAGGAUCCUGUUGAUGCCGAGUUACCAGAUAACACACAGACUGCAGGGGAUUUUGGUCAGUGGAGAGUUUUAGAUUGACUUUUUUUUCUCCCCGCAAACGGCAAACGUGACCACGUUUUCAUAGUUUACCUUUAUUUCACUUUACCUUUUACAAACCUUCUCACCGAGCGAAAAUACUCUUUUAUUUUUCUACUACUUGGACUUUUUUGCGAUUCUUAUUCAGUAAUUUAAAUGAAUUUUUUACUGGUCAACUGACGUUUCACGUUUGCCGUGAACGUAAAUCUAAAACUCUCUAGUAUGUUUUGUCGUGUACUCGUCGUCUGCAGUAGAUAUAAAAAGGUUGCGGAGUAAAAGUUAAACACCGAGAGAAAAGAACAUAUACAUCCCAUGCAAAGAUGGCACGACUCGAAAGUCGCAAGUCGCAAAGUCGUGCGGGCCUCGGUUUUUAAUUUCUAUUAAUGAGAAGCGACCGCUACUUUUUAACGUCAAACCAUUUACGUGGGCGAUUUUCUUAGCACAAACUAAKCACCUUCUAUUUUGAUGUAUCAAAAUUAUGAGCGUACAUGGGGAWAGAGCUUGAGAUCAUAACUUUACAUGAUGAAUAUUAUGCCUCUUGUUUUAAAGUGGUUUAACUAAACGGGUUCGGAAAACUAUCUACGAGCACUGCACAAUAUUUGGUGAAAUAAUGCGUGUAAGCUAUCCUUUGUCUUGCUCUGAGAAUAUUUUAGAAAGUUUCAUUAUAUUGUAGGUUUCUAAAUUCUCAAUUUUUUUCCUAAUGAAAACAUAGUUYAACUAAACACGUUUAGGUGUGAAUGGGGUCCUAGACCUCAUUUGGUAGCUAUURAUGCACCGAAAAAAAAAGUUGGAGCCCAAAUUAUUAAAAAACUCGGUUUUUUAUGGAUAAGGAGUGUCUUAUUUCUGAAAAAGGUCAUUCUUACGCAACGUAAGGCUGGUAACUGCAUAAUAGAGCAUUUUCUCUCACAUCACAAGGUAGCCAUAUUGUUCAGUACCAAACUUUCUGCACAGUUUUUGCAUAAAAAUAGAGUUAAGUUAAAUUCCCCAAGGAUAAAAAUGUAGUUUUGGUACGCCAACAUGACCGCUGUGACGUCACGUGAAAACGCUCUAUAAGUAAUUAACUAAACUUAAACAUUUGAACUCCAAACGUAAACUUGUAUAUUGAAACUUAAUUUUUCUAUGAUAUUUUGCACAUUUAAUUUUUUACUAUAUCGAAACWUUACGUGGACAAUAACAGGAAGAUUUGUAAUUUAGAAAGCUAGAAACUGAAACUUGUGACAUUCACGUGAGUUGAAUUUGCAUUAAAAAAAACCACAGAAAUCUUGUCCGUUACUUGG